AUGAAUCUUAUUACAUUUACAUCUAAACAAAUAAUUUUCUAUCUAAUCUAUUUAUUCUAUUGGAUUAUUUAUCUUUUUACAUUUUAUCAUAGUUUUCAAUAUUUCAAUGAUUUACCAGAAAUUAAAAUUUAUGAAAAUUUAACCAUUGGUCAAGUCAUUAUAAAAGAUAUACGUUCAUUACUUGGUAUAUCUAAAUCAAAUUAUAUUCAAUUAAGUCCAAGUUCAUUAACCCAAUUUUUUCGUUUAGAUAAUAUCAGUGGUAAUAUAUAUAGUAUAUCAUCCAUUGAUUUAGAAACAAGUAAUUUAUGUAAUAUAGAAAAAUCCUGUUGUCAUAAUUAUCAAUAUGAACAAUUAUCUAAUGAAUUAGUUAAUAAUCAAUAUCCUAUCAGUCAAUUAAAUGAUAAUGAUGAUGAUACAGAAGAAUUAUCUAAUGAUUUGAAUCAUAUCAUUGAUAAUCAUGUAUUAAAACAAAAAUAUCAAUGUAAAUUAACAACAUUUAUAUUAGCUUCAACAGAUUAUGAUAUGCAAAUUUCACCAAUUAGUAAAUUACAUAUCAAUAUUAUUGAUUUAAAUGAUAAUCCACCACAAUUUAAUAUAGUUUCAGAUGAUUCAAUGAAUUCACAAUCAAAUUUAAUAUAUUUAUCAUUUUUAGAAGGUUCAUUAGGUGUUCAUACAAAACAUGAUUUACCAAGAGCAUUUGAUGCAGAUGUUUCACCAAUAAAUCGUGUCAAAAAUUAUUGGAUUGAAUGGGAUGAAAUAAUUCAUAAUUCACAUCAAUCUUCAUCUUUAUCUACAAUGACAUAUACAAAUGAUCAAAUAUGGUCGAAACUUGGACCAUUUCGACUAAUCUAUACAAAGUCGAUAGAGAAUUUAGUCAUUCAACUUGAUGAAGAAUUAGAUCAUGAAAAACAAUCCAUUUAUAAAUUACAUUUAAUUGCUCAAGAUGGUGGAGAUUUACGUGGAUCCAUACAAUUAAUUAUUGAAGUAGAUGAUGUCAAUGAAUUUCCACCAAUUUUUGUCGAUUCAAAUGAUGUUAAUAAAUUGAAAGAUCCACAUCUAUAUUCAUUAUAUACUAAUCAAGAAAUUUAUAAAAAACAAUAUAGAAUAAAAGAAUCAUUAGAUAUAGGUAGUCGUAUUGGACAAUUAAAAGCGAUUGAUUAUGAUUUAUUAAUGUCUAAUGAAACAAUGAAUCAAAUUACAUAUCAUUUUAGUUCAAAUCAAUUGAAUUGGGAUGUAACACAUAUGUUUCAUUUAGAUUCACAAUCUGGUAUUUUAACUUUAAAACAAUCAUUAGAUUAUGAAAAAGUUAAAAAUUAUCGUUUAACUAUCAUAGCAAAAGAUGGUCCAAUCAAAGAGAAAGAAAUAGAUACUUCGAAAUCAUUAUACCGUCCAAUAACAUCAACAAUGAAGAAAUCCUCACAAAUCAUUUAUUCUUCUACAGCUUUAAUUGAUAUUAUUGUUCUUGAUGUUAAUGAUAAUUCACCAAUUAUCUUAUUUGAAAAUGAUCAUAUACUAGAGAAUAAAUAUAAGAAUAUAACCAAUUUAAAUCAUGCCUUAGUUACAAUGAAUAAACCAUAUGAAAUAUGGAUUAAAGAAAAUAUACCUAAAUAUACACCAAUUGUAUUUUUUAAUGUCAUUGAUUAUGAUACCGGACAAAAUAGUCGUAUAUCAUGUCAAUUAUUAAAUUUUACAGAACUAUUUCAUAUACAUCAAUUAGCUGAUUUAUAUAGAAUUGAAACUAAAUCAUUAUUAGAUCGUGAAUCUAUAGAUCAAUAUACUAUUAUCAUCAAAUGUAAUGAUAUGGGUGAACCAAUGUUAUAUAAUAUAAAAACUUUAAUUAUUCAUUUAAUUGAUGUAAAUGAUACACCACCUAGUUUUCCAUUAAAUAUUUAUCAUUAUCAUGUAUUAGAAAAUAGUUAUCCUGGUACACCAGUUCAACCAAUUCAUAAUCGAUAUCCAAUCAUGAAUUUAGCUAUAGAUCCUGAUUUGAAUAGUACAUUGAUUUAUCAUUUAGAAUCAAUCGAUAUAUUAAAUAAUCAAUCAAAUCAUCAUCAUAAUAAUAAAGAUAAUGAUUUCAUUCAAUCAUCAUCAACAUCAUCAUCAUUAUUAGAUUAUCAAUUAUUUUCAAUUAAUCCAAUCAAUGGUCAAAUAUUUACAAAAGGUGAAUUAGAUCGUGAAAAAAAAUCCUCUUUAGAAUUAUCUCUAUGUGUUCAUGAUCAAUUACAUUUAACUUGUACAAAAAUUUUAAUUGAUUUAGAUGAUAUCAAUGAUAAUCCACCACAAUUUGAGCAUAAUCAUUAUAUUAUACAUUUAGAUGAAAAUAAAUUAUAUACUAAACCAAUUAUUAUAUUUAUUGUAUCUGAUUUAGAUUCAAAUAAUAAAGGUUUUAAAUUUAAUAUACUAUUUGAUUCAUUAAAUAAACCGCCACAAAUCAUUUCAAAAAAACAACAAAAUAAUAAUUCAUUAAAACAAUCAAAUGAUAUUGAACAUUUAAAUGUUUCACAAUUUGAUCAAUCAAUAAAUGAUCAUAAAAAUUUAAUUCAAAAAUAUUUUCUAUUAAAAGAGAAUGAAUUAUAUUUACAAAAUGUAUUAGAUAGAGAAGAAUGUGCAAAUUAUCAUUUUUAUAUACAAGUAAAAGAUAUACAUUAUGAAUUAUAUAAUAAUAAUCAUACACAAUAUAGUUUAAUAAGUCAAACAGAAAUCUUUAUUCAUAUCAAUGAUAUCAAUGAUAAUAAACCAAUAUUUCUAUUUCCUAAUAUAACAACAAUAGCUGGUAAUCGAUUAAUUGUAUCAUGUCAUGAAAUGUUUGGUAAUUCCAUUGGUCAUAUUAAAGGUUAUGAUCCAGAUUUAGGUAUCAAUGGUACAAUUCUAUAUAAUUUAAUGAUAACAACUACUCAUAUAAAACAAUCAUUAUUUUAUUUAGAUAAUAAUUCUGGUGAAUUAUUUGUUAAUACUAAUCAAUUAAUUGAUUAUUGUGGUAAAAUUAUUACAUUAUUGAUAAUUAUUGAUGAUCAAGGUCCAAAAAUCAAUAAACAUUCAACAAUUGAACGUUUAUUGAUUCAAUUAGAUGAUAUACCAAUCAAAAUGAAAUCAUCAAUAGAAUAUAAUCAACAAUUUAAACAAAAAUGGGAAAUAAAUUCUAAUAGUAUAUCAAAUUUAAAUGUAUUAACUAAUACUAAUAAUAAUAUGAAUAGUACAUUUACAAUUAAAACUAUGCUUAGUAUUACACUUGGAAGUUCAACUAUCUUUUUAAUUGGAUUAUUAAUGACAUCAAUUAUAUUAAUGAUUUAUAAUAAAUCAAAACAUAGAAAAACUUUUUUUACAUUAAAAAAAUUACAUUUCAAAGAUAAUACUAUUUAUAGUCAGCAUAGUAACAAUGGUAAUAAUAAUAAUAACAAUAACAAUAAUAAUAAUAAUAAUACAAAUGAAGAUUUAAUCUGUAUUGAUUGUAAACAGGGGGGAUUAAAUGAAAUGUUAUCCCCUACAAAUACUACUACUAAUAAUAAUGAUAAUAAUGUUAAUCAACAUUCAAAUGAAUAUAUCACAGAAACAACUGAAAAUUAUCCAACUUGUAUGUUGAAACCGAGAUUGAUCAGUGAAGGUGAAUUUUCUACUGAACAAGGUAAUGUUCAAAUUCAUUCACAUUUAUAUAAUCCAUAUACAACUCAUACUUCUAUUGGAUUACAUCAUUGUGUUCAUGAUUCAAACAGUGUAAAUAUUCCACGAUUAAAAGAUAAUAGUAAUAAUAAUAAUAAUGAUAAUAAACAUUAUACGUUUUAUUCAGGUGCUCAUCUGCCUAGUUUUUUAGCUACACAUUGUUUAGGUCAAUCAUCUUCAUUAUUAUCUACUCCAUCAUUAUCACCAUUACAACAAAAGAGAAAACAAUUACAAACUUCAUCAUCGUCAUCAUCACCAAUUGGUAUAGAAUGUCGACAAAAUUGUAUUGGAGAUCAAUCAAAGUAUAAUUCUAAUUUAAUUGUUGAUCAUAGAAAUAAUUGUAUGAUAACACCAGGUUGUUUUAUAUCGAAUUGUGCAGAAACAGAAUUACCCACAUUAAAAACAUUCAUACAACGACAACAACAACAACAACAACGAAAUGAUCGAAUACCGCCAAUCCCAGUAAAAUUAAAUAUUCAAUCACAUUGUGAUAAUAAUCAAAGAAGAUUGAAUGAAAGUCAGCAAAUAUUUGAAGACAAUGAUAAAUAUAAUAUUACACAAGAUUAUCAACGGAUAAAUAAAUGUGGUUAUGAAAAACCUCCUCUAGGUAGGCCAUCAUCCAGAUCCCUAUUAAAUAUUAGUAAUAACAAUAACAAUAAUAAUAAUACUUCUCUGAUUGCACACAGGACACAAAAUCUUCAUGAAAAAUCCAGUCCUAUGAAACGAAUACCGAAAAAUGUCAGUUUUAUACCAUCUAUGCCAUGUUUUGAUAAUUAUCCUUUAAAAAAGACACUAGAUAGUAAUAAUAAUGAACACCUUAUGAAUAGUUCUAUACUAAAAUCAUCAUCUGGUAACUAUGAAAUCUGUGAUCGCCAACAUCUUUAUCAAUUUAAAUCACAUCCAAAUAUUUUAGCUUAUACUACUGGUGUCACAAUAGAUGAUCUACAUUUAAAUGAUACAAAACAUAAUUCACCAACUAGUCAACCUAUAAAUCCACAAUUAUCUAUAUAUAAUAAAAGAAAUUUUCUUUAUAAACAAAAUCAGUUGCCUCCUCAUCCUCUUCCUCCUCCUCCUCCUCCUCCUCUGCCACCAUUCUCACAUCGAUUUUUAACACCACCAUGUACAAGAAAGUUGUCACAACAAUCAAAUUGUAAUAUAAAAUCAUUAUUAGGAAAUAAUAGAAAUGAUGAUUACACCAUGUUUUCAAAAGAGAAACAAUGUCAUUGUACAUUACCAACUAUGAAUAAGCUACCUAAUUCAUCAAAAUGUACAGAUUUAGGAUUAUUAUUUCAUACAGGAAAUCAAACUACUACCGGGAAUAAUAAUGAUGAUUCUACUAUUGAUCAUAUCAAUCAAGAAAGAAGAACUAUUCAUAAUCAUGAUCAUUAUUUAAAAGAAACAUCAAAUGUUUCAUGCUGUGAUUAUAUGAGUAAUUAUGAAUCAGAAAUAUGUACACAAUGUCAAUUAAUCAAUUUAAGAAAUAGUCCAACACCACCUAUUCAUGAAAUUAUACCCCAUUCAUCAAAUGAUUGUUCUAUGAUAACGACAUGUAAUACAAAUCCAAUUCAUACUACUCAUUCAAUGAUAAGUAGUAGUGAUUUAUUAUAUUGUACAAAUAAUCAUUGUCCAUUGUUUAAUGAUAUAAAUGAAAAAAAUGAUCAACAUAAUGAAUAUAUGCAUCAUUUAGAUUAUUCAACAAAUUCUUUAACAACUAUACAAGAUAUGUUUAAUUCAUGUGUAUAA